AUGACGAAUGGUGUGGGCAGCGGGAAUGAUUGCUGCUUUGAAGAAGGAGCACCGAGACGACUGCAAACUCUGCCCCUUGACUCUGCCUCGGUGAGGAGGGGAGAGAAAGAUGCCAAGCGGAUGGAGCAGCAGAAAACACACAGCACCGGGCACCACGAUCCUCCCCGGGCCCCGCUCGUCCCCCCCCCCCCAGCCCCGCCGCACAAAGCGCUGCCGCAGAGCCGGGGCCUGGCGAGAGGGGCGUCCAGCGGAGCGGGCACGGCCAUCCCUCCCCUCUCCCUCCUCGCCGAGCGGCACCAACCUGCGGUCCCCGCCGCCUCCUCGGGAAGAGCCGCUCUCUCCCGGCUCAGCCUCCAAGCCCGGCCUCGCCCGCCUCCUCCUGCUGCUGUCCCCACGGUGGCGGCGGGUUGCCUGUGCGCGCCGCGGCCCUCGGGAGGCGGGGAAGGGGCGAGCGGGGCGGGAGGCGGCGGCGGCGGCUCCGGCAGCCUCUCUCAUGGAGUGCGGCAACCCCAGCUGUCGCCGCCGCUGCUCCCCGCAGCCGCUACUUCCUGUGCGGAGAUGGUUCAGUUCCUCCCGGGCCGCUGGGGGCAGGAGAGCCGGGCGGCGGGGAGAGGAGGAGGAAGGUCGGGGCAGAGCGAGGGGCUGGCGGUGCGGCAGCUCCCCACGCUGAGCCCUGGAGCCGGAGACCCAGCCCCCCCCCCUCCCCACGCAGCCAGAGCCCCCCGGACUCGGCCGCAAGAGGGAGCCGCUGCUCCCACCCCGUGGAGGCCGAUGGAGCUGAUGGGAGAGAGAAGGAGGCAGCGGGAGGGAUCGAUAAAGGAGGUGCUCCUCAACGCAGGAAACCGCUGCGUAAUGCUGGGAAGAAGUGAGGGUGGGGAGAGCUUACGGCUCCCGAAGCCUUGUCAUCGAAAUCGUGUGUGGUCAUCGCCUCUGAAAAUCAGCUCACCCUGUGUGGACCCACGAUGCAGGUUUUGCAUUAGGCAGCGAUGCUGGAGAGCAGCAGUCAGAGUGCAGUCGGGGUCAUGGGAAUAAAGCAGCUGCUCCUCUCUGCGGUUAUGGAGAGACCUCGGGGGGAAAAACAGCGUUUUUAUCGGCUACUGAGGCUCUGAAUACUUCUCUCUUUCCCUUGUGGUCCGUGGCAUUCAGACCACGCUAACUCGACCUACUUUAGAUACCGCUCGCUGAGCUUGUCCAAAUAAUGACGUUCUGUGUUUACUUAAGGUGCUAUUAAAUCCUUUAUUGGCUGUUU